UUCCAAAUUCCAGCUCAGUUUCUCAGAACAAGGCGAGCUGGGCGAGCAGAGCCAAGCCAAAGCCGGGGAAGCCUCCAAGCCGCGGGCGAUUCGGCCGAAGCGCCCCCUCGUCGCCGUCGUCCUCGUUACCUUCGUCCGCCCCUUGCUUUUAUAUACUGCGCCGGGGUUGGCCGGGCUCGCUCCGUGCGCGGCAGCGGCGGAGCACACGGUGGGUGUCGAGGUGCUUGUGAGGAGGAGGAAGAGGAGGCCGGUUGCGGAGAUGGAGUGGCUCGACGAGUACGAGAAGCUGGUGAUCCGGAUGAACACGCCCCGGGUGGUCAUUGACAAUGCGGUCUGCCCCACGGCGACGCUCGUGCAGGUGGACAGCGCGAGGAAGCGAGGGGUGCUGCUCGAGGCCGUGCAGGUGCUCGCCGAUCUCGACCUGUCCAUCAACAAGGCCUACAUCUCCUCCGACGGCCGGUGGUUCAUGGACGUCUUCCACGUCACCGACCGAUUCGGCCGCAAGCUCACCGACGACAGCGUCAUCUCCUACAUCGAGCAGUCGCUGGGAACGUGGAACGGGCCGGCGCGGCCGGCGGCUCUGGAGGGACUGACGGCGCUGGAGCUCACUGGCGCCGACCGCACGGGGCUCCUCUCCGAGGUCUUCGCCGUGCUGGCCGACAUGGAGUGCAGCGUCGUGGAGGCCCGCGCGUGGACGCACCGCGGCCGCCUCGCCUGCGUCGUCUUCCUCCGCGGGGAGGACGCGGACGCCGCCCGCGUGGCGCGCAUCCUCGCCCGCCUCGGCCACCUCCUCCGCGGGGACCCAGCGGAGGCGCCCGGCGCCGUGGCAGCCGUCCCCGCCGCGGGCGUCGCGCACGCCGACCGCCGCCUCCACCAGCUCAUGGCCGCGGACCGCGACCAGGACCUCCGCGCGUUCCCGACGCCGGCCGUGUCCGUCGACAGCUGGGCGGAGCGCGGGUACUCCGUGGUCACCGUGCAGUGCCGCGACCGCCCCAAGCUGCUCUUCGACGUGGUGUGCACGCUCCACGACAUGGACUACGUCGUCUUCCACGGCACCGUCGACACCACCGGCGACCAGGCGCGCCAGGAGUUCUACAUCCGGCACGCCGACGGGAGCCCCAUCCGCUCCGAGGCCGAGAGGGAGAGGGUCAGCCAGUGCCUCCAAGCCGCCAUUGAACGGAGAUCGCUCGAGGGGGUGAGACUGGAGCUGUGCACGCCGGACCGGCCAGGGCUGCUGUCCGACGUGACGCGAACGUUCCGGGAGAACGGGCUGCUCGUAGCUCGGGCGGAGGUGUCGACCAAGGGCGACGUGGCCUCGAACGUGUUCUACGUGACCGACGCCGCCGGCGACGCCGUGGAGCAGUGCGCCAUCGACGCAGUCAGGGAGAGGGUCGGCACGGACUGCCUCGUCGUGGGGGAGGAGCCCCGGCCGCAGCUCUACCGGAAGCCCGCGCCGGCCGACCGGGACCACGGCGUCGGCGGCGGCCUUGGGCUGGUCUACCUCGGCAACCUCGUCAAGAGGAACCUCUACAACCUCGGCCUCAUCAAGUCCUGCUCGUGAGAUACAGAGGACACGAUCAAAAUCCAAGAACACACCAUUCAUUUCGGCCAUGAGCUGUGGCCGUGCACUUGGAGACAUCUCGCUUGCUUCUGCAAUCGUUGCCAUGCCAUUGCUGUGCAUACAAGAUUCAGGACGACAGUGAGAAGCUGCGAAAAGGGAUGUGGUGGCUGAAAGCUCAAGCAGGGUGAAAGCUCAGGCAUGUCCCGAUUCAUUGGUUCAUCAGAGAUCCAGGAGCUGCGACCGACGCCAUGUCAUUGGGAGAUGCAGGAUGAUGGUAGAUGCUGAUAGCAGUAGGAAUUUCUGUAGCCAUGUACAUAGACAAAUUCGUUGCUGUGAGUACUAGCAGUAGCGUGUAGUAGCAGUUGGUGUGUGCAUUCAUCAUGUCUUCGGGCACAGGGGCCGGCCGGACGAUUUGUGAUCUGUAAAAUUCUGUACCCGCGCCGCCGCCUCUGGCGAAACAGCAUUCUUUGCCUCUUUUUGUCUGUC